GUUAGGUUGGUAAAAAAGAAAAUAAAAAUUUUUUGAUUAACCAAAAUUUCAAUUAAAGCAAAAAUAAGGCAAUAAAUUUUAAGUGUCAAUGUGUCAAGAACAAAAACAAAUAGUGCUCUACACAUUGCCUGAUUAAAAUGGCAAGUUCUGCCGACACCAGUGCAACUGGAACAGAAAAACCGACCACUUCGGGAAGAAAAGGAAGCCGAAACCCAAGUUCGGUCAAAAUGGAGUUCGUUCCCGGUUCUCUCUUAGAAGCAAGAGAUUUUGCAAACAAUUGGUUCCCUUCAAAAGUUGUAGAAGUUGAUGUUGAAGGCAGAGAAGUGCUUGUCCAUUUUCAGAAUUGGUCAAGUCGUUAUGAUGAAUGGAUAAGCAUGGAUAGCGCCCGCCUGAGACCAGUUACAAACCAGACUGAAAAAAUAUCACCUGGCAAAGCUGGUAGAGGCAAAGACUUUAAAGUUGGUGAAAAAGUGAUGGCAGUGUGGCAUAAUAACAAGAGGUAUCCAGCUCAAAUAACCAAGGUUUUGGAACCAGGAAAUUUUGAGGUUAUUUUUUACGAUGGAUUCAGCAUGCAGGUUAAGGCGAAACAAAUGUCCCGAAUGUCCAAAGACCAGGCUGAUAAAAUGGAGAUACCUUUUCCAAAACAAACAGAAACAGACAAAGAUAAAAUUGUUGAUAUGGAGGAAAUAGGUUCAAAAGAAGAAAGGCGAAAGCGUAAGAAAAAGAUCGAAGUAGCAGAGCUUUUUCGAUGUUACAAAAAAAGACCUUCUAACGAAACCGUAAGAGACGGAGGGACGCCAAAUGAAUUAGUUCUAAAAGAGGAAGAAAAAGAUUUGCUUAUUGACUCUGCUUCAACCCGCGCGCAUUCUCCAACGGAAAAAACGAGGAAAAAGAAAAAAGAAAAAAAAGAAAGAACGUUGGUCAAAGAUCAUGGCGAUAUUAUUAAGCUCGUCGAUGACAAGCUACCUGAAAACUGGGAGAAGAAAGCAAAAUUCAAGACAUCUGCCACUAAGGCUGGCAAAUGGGAUGUUGUCAUCAUUGGACCCGAUGGGAGGACAUUCCGAAGUAAACAAGAAAUCAGACAAUACUUAUUUAUACGUCAACUGGAUCAUGACCUGGAGUUAUUCGAUUUUCGUUUGGGAGAAAAUUUUUACACAAGUCGAGGUCUUGAAGUCCCUGUACGAGCUCGAAAUUCAACAGUCCCAACAUCUCGAACGCCUAAUGCCCCUAUAAAAAAACAAGAAGAAUUGAAACCGGCAGCUUCGACGGGCCCAUUGCCCACGGAACCUGUCGCCCCAUCUUCUGCAUCGAACACCACACCUGAGCCAAAUGUAAUGGAUAAAACACCGUCAAACAAAAUGCCCGUUAAGAGUGAAUCAACUACAGGAACAAAUAUUGAAACGGACACUCCAACAUUUGUUCCUGAGGAAGACGGUUACCGUUGUCCGGUAGAAGACUGUCGUAAAUUGUUUCGCCGUGAUAAUCUUCUUGGGAUGCACAUCAAGCAUUACCAUCCAGCGCUGUUGAAAAAGCUUGGCUGCAAAACAUUUCGAGUGGAAGAUUUGGCCACUGCUAGAACAGCUUUUGAAACAGAAGAAACGAAACCAGCCUUUGUAUCCCAUUCCCAUUCCAUCCUUGCGUCCAUCUUAACUCUUCCCCCACAAUCAUCUCCUUCUCCUCCACCUCCUCGCCUACGGCCUAGUUUAGACCGAAAGAUUGAAAAAGAAAAGGAGAAAAUUGCCGAUUCUCCUGCUAGUGACGACUUGCAAAACUUACCCCUCUCAAAGAGGAUCAGCUUAAGCGAGUCACAGCAAAAAGCAGGAGUUGGCGUGUCCGCGAAAGCUACGCGACGGAAAUCGGAAAAACGCCGCGUAGAAUGUACGACAGAAGAUGCUCUAACAAACGCACCCGAAUCAGGAACAGAAUUCCAUUCAAUGGAUUUCGAGUCAAAGGCUUGUGGGAUAGAAGAUUCGCUACAACAAUUUAAAAGCGAAGAACCUAUCGUCUCAACGCUAGAUGAUAUUCCGGGACAAAAAGAAUUGGUCCACUGUUUCUGUGGUUCACCAGAAGAAGAUGGCCUGAUGAUCCAGUGUGAGCUUUGUCUCUGUUGGCAACACGGCAUUUGUUUGGCGAUCGACACGGAAGAGAACGUUCCAGAUCCCUAUGUUUGUCACUUUUGUCGUUAUCCAUUCAGAGAGCGACUUUCUCGGCGUUAUACGCACGACCAAACUUGGUUGAAAAAAGGUCAACUUCCUAGUCUAAAAUUUAUAUCGGGGUCCAGCUCAGUUCCCGCUGAUCGUGCGUUGCGGGUGGCACAUUCCUUGACCGCGGCCGCUACUGACCUUAAGCAACUAUUGCACUCUUUAAAAGUCAAAAUAGAUGUUGCCAAGAACAAAGAUCAUCCAAAGUUGUAUCUAUGGGCUCAGCCGUGGAAUAAAAAGGCAGAACCGGAAAUUGCGAAUGCUGAAGUUCUCUCAAACGCGGAGUCUAAAGAGGAACUUAAAUCGCCAUUGCCGAAUAUUCCUCUUCCCGAAACUCCGAUCGAUGCGACAGAUUGUCGGUUGAAUCUCUUAUUGCACAUUGGAGAUAUGCAAAAUGAAGUAAAUACCAGACUAGAAUCUCUGGAAGGCUUAUUCGAAGAAUGUGAAAUGGAUGACGGUUUGAUGGAUACUUCACAUGUAGCAAAAAUGCUACAAAUACUUUUGAAGGAUGUUGUCACAUUAAAAAGGAUGGCGUCGUUUUCGUGGAGCUCGUAAAGUACAGUUGGAAAUUUACUGUUUU